UAGCAGCUGUAACACUCGAUCAGCUGUUGUUUAAUUUCCACGCGAGUUUUUUGUUUAUUGUUUGUACGAAAUGGAAAACUGUGUAAGCUGUGCGGAAAAGCCACGAAAAUACAAGUGUAGCAAGUGCUCGGCGCCCUACUGUUCUGUGACCUGUUACAAGGUUCACAGGGAUUCGCCCGAAUGUGUGACUAGAGAUGUGGCCAAGGAAAAGCCGGUAAAUGUUAUUCCUGAGGAACCGACCUUGCAUGAGCCCUUUACAACAGAUGACACUGUUCCCGCAGAGAAGAUGCAGCAACUAGAAACCUGCCAGGAACUACGCAAUUUGCUCCAUAAUCCACACCUGCGCUCACUACUCCAUCAGAUCGACGUGGCUAUUAAUGCCCAGACAGCCAUGAGGGUGGCCAUGCAAGAGCCCCUGUUCGUGGAGUUCGCCAAUGCCUGUCUCCAGGUUGUGGAGCCAAUGACGGAUGAGGAACGAUCCGAGAUGAAGCUGUGCUCGUGAAGUUUCCCAAGAUCGGAUUCCUAUAGUGACUCUUCCACUUGUCCUUAUAGUUUCAAGGAACUUUACCCUUUGGAACGUUUGAUCGAUUGACUUCCUUUUUGAAUUUUCCUGUCUGCGCAUUCACACGCACAAGACUUAUAUUGAAUUGUAAU